CUUGUACAAUGUGUGUAGGAUGCGGUGGUUGGAAGAGAGAAAAAGGCGAAUCAAAACGGGUAGGAGGUGUGCACACCUCUUACGAGUUUACGAGGCCUACGCCGAACAGAACGAGCGGACAGUUACCUUUCUGUUUCGAGACCGCGAGGAUCUACCUACCUCCCGCUAUAGCCGUGAGGUAAAUGGUGAAUUGCUUCUCGAGAUCGUUCGAGGAGAAGGUGUGAAAAAACAAGAUGAUCGUUUCGUUGCUUUACGGGUUGUUAACAUGGACCGUGGUCCAAGCGAUUUCCACGCCAUGGAAUCCAUCGUUUUCAACCCCAGCAGCCAGAAUUCUACAUCCAGUCACUGCUAUCUACCAAACUAGUCCUGCACAGACGUUUUAUGAUGCAGGAAGUACGUCUUUGCUGGCACAGCGCGAGCAAGACGCAUGCGCCCUAUAUAAAGUCGCGAUGAAGCAGCAAUUUUACUUUGAGUACAUUCACUACAAAACUCAGCUGCCCGACAUAAAGGAGUUCACUCUUUGCAUGUGGACCAAAUUCUACAAUCACAGCAAUGACCAUCCUCUGUUUUCGUACGCAGUUGGAGAUCAAUCGCGCGGGAUCCUAUCCUGGGUGGCGAACACCCCGAGAAGUUCCUACUACAUGAUGAACAUCGACGGGCACAACUUGUACAGAUUGAAUUAUCCGCUUCGAUUGAACAAGUGGUAUCACUCGUGCCAAAGCUGGAACGGCCGCACAGGAGAAUGGCAGAUCUGGGUCAACGACGAGCGCGUGGGUCGCGGGUUCAACAACAGGUUGGUCAGGCACGUGAUCAAAGGGGGUGGAAUAGCUAUCACGGGGCAGGAGCAACGGCAAUUAGGCGGCGGCUUUUUGGAAGGUGACGGCGCUCCUCCAGGAUCAGGUGGAUAUUUAGGAGAGGUGACCAUGGUGCAACUUUACGAGGUAGCCCUGUCAGCGGGGAAAGCCCACAAAGAUCACAAACACCAUCAUGCCCAUCACUACGAGCACGACACCGAAAAUAACACGCCCAGACCUACGCGCCCUCCGGUGACCGGUCCCCCCCUCCCGCAGCAUCCCUAUCUCACGGGUGGACAGAUCAAUCAUCAGAUAAAACUCAAUCCCGGGACGCCGCUACAAAUCAUUCAAGAUGGAGUCACCCUGAGGCAUCCGGCCCUGAUUCCUCGCCAUCCACCACCUCAACCGUUACCACCCGCGAAUCCCAAUUCCGUCUCGACAGCUUUGCAAUCCACCCAUUUCUUCGGGAACCUGCAGUCUACCGUCGGUUUGCCUUCGGCUAGCAUGGCGGACAGUCCGUAUCGCAAUCUCUUUAAGAGAGAGGAAAAUUCGUUGGGAGUUGAAUCCGAGGAAGAAAAAUCGUAUUCGAGUUUUGAAGAGACAGUGAUCCAGGUCUCAGAAAAAUCCACGAUCGAGAAGAGGGGGAUAGAGAAAAGUGGAGUAUCCGAGGAAAAAUUUUCGGAUGGAAAAGUAACGUUCGUGCCUAAAGAGGAAGUCGAAGAUUUAAAAUCAGUGGAUAAACGCGAUUCUCCCAAAAAGAAACGCGGUCUAGUGCAAUUGGACGACGGUCUGCUCUUAAACGACGGCUAUAUAUCCCAAGGACUAGAGGACGAAUACUUUUCGGGACUAACGAGCUUCGGUCUUCACUUACCGAAAUACGAGGACAAGGACGAUGAAAGAGAACCGGCGGAAGCGGAAGUAAGAAUGAUCAUGAAUAUCUGCGACGGUUGCGCCGAUGAACCGUUCGCGAAAGCCUUGAUUAUGGGAUGGAGAUCGGUCCCUAAGAAGUUAUAUUCCGGCGCGGUACACAUUCCGGCCGUGCAAACGUGCAAGGCGUUCUAACAAAGACGAUCGACCGAGCGAAAGAGGAGACGACUUCGUAAGUUAUCGUACGCUAGGUUCGGGUCCACUCGGAUCCAUUCGCGCGGCAUCGACCAAUCCCCGCGAAGAUUUAUGGUUAUCGCAGUCUCACUCGGUAGUCGACCGCUAUCGCUGACACAGGAUCUUUCGUACGUGCUGUGAACCCGAGGCCAACGGAUCUCCAAACGCGUUAGCGCGAUUACACGUGCGUCGGAUAGAACGGAUGGAUAUCGAUUACAGGGAAAGCGAUUCCGAUCGCGUUCGGAGACGUAUUUAUUAUUUACAGUAGCUUCGCCCCAGGGUUAGUCACCGAAGGUAUAUAUUUAAGUUUACGUAUAUAAUACGACCGACGGCGUAUCAAACGAAAAUAUUAUGUAAGGACGUAAUACGGCGGUUACAAAAGUAAAUAUGUAGUAUUUAUUAAUUAGAAUUUUCACUCUCGCGUUUUUCGAUAAUAUGUAAAUAGACGCGUAAUAAAUUCGAAUGUGCGAUUAACAUGCGAAAAAUGUUUAAGUAUGGUCGUUUCUCAUUUAUGUUUUAAUCGGUCUUAAAGUUAAUCCAAAAACGAUAUAAAUAAAAAAAUGCAAGCCGA